AUGGUGGAAUGGUCCCGCAAGAAGUUGGAAUUCAAAGACCACAACGACAGGGAGGUCGCAGGGCAAUAUGAUGAGAAGGUGCUCGAGGCAUUUCAGAAGUUCGAUGCUGACGGAUCUGGAUCCAUCUCCAGAGAUGAGUUGGGAGAGGUCUUGAAAGCCUUGGACCCGGAGGAUUGGGACAAUGAAUCCGUGGAUGAACUGCUUGCGGCUGCUGACAAAAAUGGCGAUGGAGAGCUUUCGGUCAAAGAAUUUCUGAAUUGGGCCUUCACCGAGAACGACAUCAUCACCAGCAGCAAAGGCAACGUCACACUUCGUGUAGAAGGUUGUCCAAGAGAGCAGUUCAAUGGUGAUUAUGUACAGGACGGGAAAUAUUACAACCAUCGGCCCACCUUCUACUGUCGCGAGAACGACUACUGUAUGUUCUAUCAUGCUGAGAACAAACAGUGGUCCAUCUUCUGGCGCGUCUCCCAAUAUUCGUCUUGUCGUGUGAAGACCUCGCGAGGGCCUCACAUGGCGGGCCAAGCAUGGUCAGUUUGGAGUCCGAAGGACAAAGCCUUCGUGAAGUCGCCACAGAUGGUUUGCAGAUUGCUCACAGUAGAGGAGCUGAUUGCUUUGGCACCCGACACUAUCCUCAUGAACUCCGAGCAAAUUGCUCAUUGUUGGUUUGAAGCGCCAGGUGCCGUUGGCAGCAAGAGGAACACUGCAGCUGGACACAAUGAGUGCUUCAAAAAGACAGAGGAGAUGAAGAACGGCCGUCCUGUCUAUCAAGCUUGGAAUGAGAAGUACAAUAGGUGGAAUAAUCGAUAUUUGUACUACCAUGCUGAGAAGAAGUACUGGACGCUUGGGCUCGGUCACACCAACGAGCAACGAGAAUGGUACUUACGAAGUGCACCUACCGACUGCUAUUCACCCUUAGUGGCGCCUUGGCUCGACUCCCAAAGCACCAGGUAUCGCCCAGUGAUUCCUCAUGAGCUUGAUGCCAAUGGCUAUCCACCCUCAAAGGGUGGUGCGAGGACAAAGUAUAAGAAGGUUGAGGGUGUUCCCGAAGGCUUCGUGGAUCCAGACUUUCCGCCCAACAAAGAGAGCAUGGGCCCCAAGGUCUCUUGCUACUGCGAACCGAACGGGUAUAAGGCUUAUUGGGCCCGUCUCGCGGAAUACACUUCGACGCCCGUCCUUUUUGACGACGCCGAACCUGGCGAUAUUCUUCAGGGAAUGGUAGGGGAUUGCUGGCUGCUGUGCGCCAUUUCUUGCGUGGCUGAGUUCCCCAACUUCUUCAAAGAUCAUCUCUUUGUGACGCAGGAAAUUCCUGAGGAUGGGAAGUACGAGAUCAAACUCUUCGAUUGCAAGUUACAGGAAUGGAAGGUGAUCACGAUUGACGACCGCGUUCCGUCCUUGCCAUGGAACCGAACAUCCAUCCAAAACUUGAGUGCCAAAGUUGUAGACCACAAGAUCAUGGUGCCGCUGAUUGAAAAGGCAAUGGCUAAACUGUGUGGAUCCUAUACGAAGUUGACAAGCGGCAUGGCCACGACUGCCUGGGCUCAUAUGACUGGCUGCUGCGACAUUGUGAAGAUUUGGGGACGAUUCGAAUUUCCGAUGAUCUGGGUUGUCACAGCAGAGGAAGGCAUCUUCGUGCGCGAGGAGAACAAGCGUCAAAGCAAACGGAUCGGAAAGUUGGAGAAAGGUGCUCGCUUUCAAGAGGUGGAGAGAGCACGAUGUUGCAUCCGAUUCAAAAAGAUCGAGGGCGCUGGUCCAGACGAGGGCUUUGUCUGGUACUACAAAGGCGGAAAGAAGACGGCGGCCAGAGAGACGCCACUGAGCAUUACCAAAACCGAAAGCAAGAUCCUUGACAAUCCACGUUUUGGCGAUGAUGACCCCGAGACUCCAGCGCAAGACAUAAUUUCAUCUGGACAGAUCGAUCAGGAAGAGUUUUGGAAAUUGCUCCUGGAGUAUGACACUUCAAACUUCCUCAUGGGCUCGCAGAUGAACAAAGUGUGCGAUGACCGCCUUUCUGGCAUCAUGCCGGAGCAUGCGUAUUCAGUUCUCCAGGCCAAGGAGGUUGAGGGCAUGCGCUUCAUGCAGUUGCGGAAUCCCUGGGGGGAAGAUGAGUGGGGCGGCCCAUGGAGCGACCGUUCUGAUGAAUGGGCAGCCAACCCGAAGAUCCAAGAAGGACUAAAGGAAAACGAGUUGACCUUCGACGGCAAGUUCUGGAUGGAAUGGGAAGACUUUGCCUAUGUCUUUGGCAACCUGGAUGUCACGAAAGUCGCCAUGCCCACAAAGCGCGCAGAUUUUCCGGCGCAGGACCAAUGGUCCGAAGAACUCGAUGCUGGCAUGAUGUGA